UUAAAUUUAAACAUAAAUUUUAAAUAUUUUUGAUUCUGUAUCAUUGUUUUUAUAAAUGCAAUCGCUACACAAUUACUAUGCCUAUAAUCACAUCAUUAUCAACUCUAAACUAACGAAAAUUUUAUCCUUUUUUUUUAUAGAACAUGUUUGGUACACACAAUAACUAGUAUGACCUAUGACCAGAGAAUCUCAAAAUUUGCAUCACUGCCACCUUUAUAAAGUCCCUUCUGUCUCUAAACCUCGGUCUCCCUUCCGAUUUCAGUAAACACCUAAAGCUAGUCAAGCUAGCCCUGCAAACUCAGAAGUCGAAAGAAGAAGCCUGUGAGUUUUCCAAAAACCUGUUCAAAAAGAAAAAGCAGAAAAAGUGAACAAAACAUUGGGUUGAGGUUUUGGGUGCAGUUUUAUCACAUAAAAUCAGUAAGAAGAAGAGGUGAUUUCAAUUCUUGGGUACUUACCAUAAAGCUUUUUUUCAUAAAAGGGUGGGUGUUUUGGGGUUUUUUCAGUCAAGUUAUGCGUGCAGGGUCGAAUUCAAGCAGUACAGCAGUUCAACAAACCCUUACAUCGGAGGCUGCUUCAGUUUUGAAGCAUUCUCUAAGCUUAGCAAGGAGGAGGGGUCAUGCACAAAUCACUCCUCUUCAUGUGGCUGCAACUUUAUUGACUUCAAGACUUAGUCUUUUGAGAAGGGCUUGUCACAAAUCUUACCAGCAACAACCACCAAUUUCACAUCAUCCAUCACUUCAGUGCAGAGCUCUUGAGCUCUGUUUCAAUGUUGCUUUGAAUAGGCUUCCCACUGUGACCUCUGUUUCUGGCCCUGUUUUCCAUGACCAGCAGCCUUCUCUGUCUAAUGCUUUGGUUGCUGCUUUGAAAAGGGCACAAGCCCACCAGAGAAGGGGUUGUGCUGAACAGCAUCAACAGCAGCAUCAGAACGUUAAUUUGGGUGUUAAAGUUGAGUUGGAACAGCUGAUUUUGUCAAUUUUGGAUGAUCCAAGUGUUAGUAGGGUGAUGAGAGAGGCUGGUUUCUCAAGUAUUGCAGUGAAGACUAAUUUGGAAGAAGAGUGUUCUGUUUCAUCUGCAGUUUUUCAGUACUGCUAUAACACUGGAGGGAUUUAUUCCACUCCAAGCUCUCCUCCUCCUGCUCUAGAAAUUCAACCCAAAGAAUCAUUCAUCAACCAAAACAGUAUCUUGGGGCAUACCCAUUUGUUACCUCAGUCUUCUGAGCUGAACCCUUUUGGUAUUUCACCUCAAAACAAAAUCCAAGCUCAUCCCACCUGCACUACACAAGAAGAUAUCCACUUGGUCAUAGAGGUUUUGCUGAGGAAAAAAAGGAGGAAUUGUUACAUCAUUGGUGAUUCAGUUUCUUUAACGGAGGGCCUUGUUGCAGAGUUGAUGGGAAAAGUGGAAAAAGGUGAUGUUCCCGAGGAGCUAAAACAUGCCCAGUUCAUCAAAUUUCAAUGCUCAUCAGUAGCUUCUUUGAGGUUCAUGAAGAAGGAAGAAGUUGAGUCGAUCAUUUCGGACCUUAGACGAAAAGUGGAGUCCGUUUUGGCAACAUCAGGUGGUGGCAAUGGAGUAAUUAUUCAUACAGGUGAUUUGAAAUGGACAAUCAUUGAUGAGGAUGUCACACCAGAAAACUCAGGUUAUAAUCCAGUUAAUCAUCUUAUUGGAGAGAUUGGAAGGUUAAUAUCUUGUUACAGUAAUUCAAAUGCAAAAGUUUGGGUAGUUGCAACUGCAGAUUAUCAAACAUACAUGAGAAGGCAAAAGCAGUGGCAAUCACCUCUUGAUAUUCAGUGGGAUCUUCAAGUUCUUUUUGUCCCAUCAGCUGGAUUAGGCCUUAGUCUCAAGGCCGCAAGUUUGCAAGGACAAAAAAUGGCUAUCUUACCACAAACUAUGAGUUUUUGCAAGGACCAAAAGCCAUUCACUCCCAAGGAAGAACCCUAUAAUAGCUUGUCUCCAUUGUGGGAAAAUCACAGCAGCAUGUUCCAUCAGAACUACAAACCCUUCUCUAUCCCUAAUCAUGAUAAUGUGAACUCUAAUCAGACUGCUGAAUCAGUGCCUCGAUUUCGAAGGCAGAAAUCGUGCCAUAUUGAAUUCGGUUGCAACGAUGGAAACACCAAAACUAGUAUUGGAGGCGAGCCGAAUCUGCAUUUGCUCAAAACCAGGUGCAAUGAAGGUAAGAAUCUAGAAGAGAUGAUCACAUUGUCCCUGGGGACUUCUCCUGUCUCCGAAAAAUCGACUGAAGAAGCUGCUGUUAUGAUGUAUAAGUUGCUGUUAGAAAAUUUGCCUUGGCAAUCAGGGAGCAUUCCAGUCAUUGUUGAUGCUUUGAUGAUGAAUUCGAAAGAAAUGAAACAAAAGGACACUUGGAUUUUGAUUCAGGGAAAUGAUUUCAUUGGUAAAAGAAGGUUGGCCUUUGGGAUAUCCGAAUCGCUUCUUGGUUCUACUGACAACAUUCUAUUACAUAUCAACCUGAGAAAGAAAGAGGAAUUCCCUGGAAAGAACUGUGAAAUGCUGAAAACUGCAUUAAGGGAUCGGAUUAGGCGAGUUGUUCUACUGGAAGAUGUUGAUUUCUCAGGUCCAGAGCUUUUGAAAUUUCUUGAUGAUGGAUUCAGAGCUGGAAGAAUUGGAACAUCAUGUGAGAGGAGUGAAGGAACCAUUUUCAUACUGACAAAGUCUGACUCUAAAAGAAUUGGAGAUGAUGAUGAUUCGGCUGAACCUGAUUUCGUAGUUCAGAUGGAAAUGCUAGUCUCUGGAAGAACUUCUGGUACAUCAGGACCUUGUCAAUACUCUGAUCACAAGCGUAAAGUGGACUGGAAUUGUUCAACAAAGAACCAGAACAAGAUUCCAAGGAAGGUUGAGAAGGAAAACAGUCAAAUCAGUGCAAACAAGAUCGAUCUCAACAUAAAAGCUGAGGAGGUCUCAAAUGAUGAUCAACACAUGUACUCCCUCAGUUUCCUCGACCUGAUCAAAACCCGUUUCACUUUCAAUCGAGAUUCGCAACAGGAUGCGCAGAUUAAGGAAAUGUUCUUGUCCAGCAUCAGACAAUCUUUUGAGGAAGUUCUUGGGACAAAAAACCUGGAUUGUUUUAUUGUAGAACAGGAUGUUUUGGAACAUGUUUCACUUGGCUGUGGAACAUUCCUUCAAGGGUUGUUUGAAAAGUGGCUGAAAGACAUUUUUCAAACCAGCUUGAAAAGGAUCAAUGUUUACCAGGAGGAGGGGAAUAUUAGCUUUAGGCUUUGUAUGAAGGGCAGUGGAGGGAAUGGGUUAAAAAAUGGUUUCAAAGGUUCUUGUCUUCCCAAUGAUGUUCUAGUUUCAUUUUUGGACUAGGCCUUUGUGAUAUCGUUUUAAAAUCCAAAGAUGUAAAUUACUUAGUUGUAUGCUACCCUAAUCAAUGUUUUUGGAGAAGAUAUUUUGGUUUACCAGGCCACAAUUCUAUACUAUUAAUUAAUACCUUUACGUGAUUA